GCGUGGACGUUAACUCCGUCUCUAAAAAAAAAUAACGCGUAAAAAAAUCUUCAGAGGUCAAAUAGUUACCGGUCAAAUUUCUGCCACGGCCCUAUUCACUCUAUAAAUACCCCUUACCCCCUUUCCUCCUCUCAUAACUCAAAACUCAAAUUCAAAACAAACUCCUCACUUAACUAAAUAACCUCAUUUCUCUCUCACUCUAAACACAAAUCUCUUUAUUACAUACCAAAAGCUCAAACUUAGGGUUUAACAUGUUUUUCAGAUCUAGAUCACCAUCUCCGGCCAAUUCUCCGUUAAGGACUAGGCCUGGUACUACUCCAACUUCUUCUCCUCACCGGACUUUUAACGACUCGUUGAUGGACGAGAACAUUGAGAUAGCUCAGUCCCUAAUCGACAGUUGGGAAUCAAACGAGACCGUUUCUCUUUUUAACGGCGACCGUCAAGAAGCCAGGCAGUACCUUCACGCCGUUAAGGAUUUACAGUCGGCCAUGCACCAUUUUAUCUCUCAGAGUUCUGCUUCUGAUAAGCUCAUCAAGGCUCAGAAUCUGAUGGAAACUGCUAUGAAGAGAUUGCAGAAAGAGUUUUAUCAGAUUCUUUCUUCGAAUCGACAGUACUUGGAUCCGGAAUCGGUUUCGAGCCACUCGUCUCGGGCUUCUACAAUUUCGAGCUACUCGGAUUUCGAGGAUGAGUUGGAAGACGAGUUGAGAGCCACGACUGAGUCGAUUUCUGAAGUUGAGCGAGUUUCCAUGGCGGCUAUGACGGAUUUGAAAUCUAUUGCGGAUUGUAUGAUCUCCGCUGGCUACGCGAAGGAGUGUGUGAAGGUUUACAUUACGGUACGGAAAUCUAUUGUGGAUGAGGGAUUGUACCAUCUCGGAGUUGAGAGGAUGACAUUUUCUCAGAUCCAGAAAAUGGAUUGGGAUGUUAUGGAGAUCAAAAUCAAAAGCUGGCUUAACGCCGUGAAAGUCGCCGUUAAGACAUUAUUCUACGGCGAGAGAAUACUCUCCGACCACGUCUUCUCCCCUUCCGAAACAAUCAGAGAAUCCUGCUUUUCCGAAAUUUGCGGAGAAGGAGCCACAAUGCUUUUCGGCUUCCCAGAAAUGGUAGCCAAAUGCAAAAAAUCAUUGGAAAAAAUGUUUCGAACUCUCGAUAUGUACCAAUCCAUCUCCGAUUUAUGGCCAGAAAUCGAUUCAAUCUUCUCCUACCAUUCAACCUCAACCGUCCGAUCUCUCGCGAUGAACUCACUCCUCAGAUUAGGCGAAGCCGUACGAACGAUGCUUACAGAUUUCGAAUCAGCAAUACAAAAAGACUCAUCAAAGACUCCAGUCCCCUCAGGCGGAAUCCAUCCUCUAACUCGUUACGUCAUGAACUACAUCUCAUUCCUCGGCGAUUACAGCGAGAUCUUAUCAGACAUCGUCGCCGAUUGGCCCUUAUCAGUACACACACCAUUACCUGAAUCUUACUUCGGAAGCUUAGAUACCGAUCCAGAAGGAACAUCAUCAAUCUCCGUGAGAUUCGCUUGGCUCAUUCUAGUCCUUCUCUGCAAACUCGACGGUAAAGCCGAGCUCUACAAAGACGUUUCUCUCUCCUACAUUUUUCUAGCGAACAAUCUCCAAUACGUCGUCGUAAAGGUCCGAAGCUCAAACCUAAAGUUUCUACUCGGCGAAGAUUGGGUAGCCAAUCACGAAGCAAAGGUGAAACAAUACGUGUCGAAUUACGAGCGCGUGGGUUGGAGCAAGGUUUUCACCGCUUUACCCGAAGAUCCAACGGCUGAUCUUACGCCAGAACAAGCUAAUGUAAUCUUCCACAAAUUAAUCUUCAGUUUCGAAGAAGCUUACCGUAAACAAACAUCGUGGGUCGUACCCGACCCGAAACUCAGAGACGAAAUCAAAGUUGCGUUGGCUAAGAAGUUAGUUACGCCUUACCGGAAGUAUUACGAGAAACAUCGGGGCGGGUUAAUGAGUCUUUGCGGGUCGGAUUCUUUGGUCAGAUAUGCCCCUGAGAAUAUUGAUAAUUUCUUGUCUGAUUUGUUUUUUGGAGUUGGAAAUGUAGGGAGUUUACCGUCAUCUUCCACUACUUCAUCGCCGGCUUCUUCGACCCACUCACGUGUUAGGCGAUAGAGCACGUGUGAGAAUUGAGAUGAAGAAGAUGAGUCGUUUUUGGGGAUUGUGAUUUUUUUUUUGUCGUUUGUGAAAAAUAUCGUAUAUAAGAGCACGCCUGCGCCUGUUGUAUAGAAUAUAUAUUAUCACACGUGUGGAUUGAAAUUUCAUACGUGUAAAGUGAUUAGAGAGGAUAAGAAGAAUAUUAGUUGAAAGAAAAAAAAAUGAAGAAAGAGAAAAAUUCUUUGAUUUGUUUAUAUAUAAGAUUUUUUUUAAAUAAUAUUUGAAUGGUACUUUAUUAUCUCAA